AUGGCUAAUGCAGGACAUGGGUGUGAGCCGGAAUGGAAUGAGACCUUUUUGUUCACCCUAUCAGAUGGCACUUCAGAACUUUCGAUCAAAAUUAUGGACAGUGAUAGUGGUUCAGAAGAUGAUUUUGUGGGCAAGGCAAUAAUUCCACUUGAGCCAGUGUUUACAGAAGGAAGCAUCCCUAAAACAUCAUACAAUGUGGUUAAAAGUGAAGAAUAUUGUGGCGAAAUUAGAGUUGGGCUCAAUUUCACCCCUGAGGAGUUGACUACGGAAGAGGAAAACCAUGGUGGAUGGAAGGAGUCUUCAUAUUGAGGAAUCUCCUAGCAUCCAUGAAUCACCAUAUUGUUUUCCAGAACUUGAAGCAAUUGAUCUGCUUGGUUGAUGAGAUUUUUUCCUCUUUAUUUCAGGUACUUGCAUGUUUGUGUAGUUUCAAUUUGACGCCAAUGUAUCAUUUUCCUUUCCUUUGCAUGUACUUGUGAAUUUGUGAUAAAGAUGCUUGGGUGUUGUGUUCUCAGAUUGCCAUCUUUUUAAUAUAUGCUAAAGCUCUAAACUUGGGUUUUUGUGCUCUCA